AUGACUAUGACGCUUGAUCAUCAACAACGAUUCGGUGCCUUACAUUUCGACCACAUGUCUUCCUACUCGAACGGUCCGCACUUCACAAACCCCUGGGCUUCGGCCUCGUCGCCGCCAGCCGGUGGCCAGGGCAUGUACCAAGGUCUCAGUGGUCUUGAUGCGCUAUCGAAGCAGCAACAUAGCAGGCCGGCCGCGCCUACCAGCUCAAUGGCUUCGUAUGGCAGCAUCCCGGUGACCGCGUCCUCAGCAGGUAGCACUCUCAUGGCGGAUGUCUAUGGACAACAGGACUUACUCAAUAUGCCCCAAGAUCUCCUCAGCCUCAACCGCAUGCAGACAACGUCUGCCGCAUACGGCGAGCCCUCAUAUGCGACAGCCACGUCUGCGUCGCCCGUACACCCAACAUACGCAGCCUCGCCGAGCUCGUAUGACCAAGGCAUCUCUGGUUAUGCCGCAGCCCCCAUGCGGUCGACGUUCGCUUUGGCCCCGGAGACCGACAGCAGAAGGUAUUCCCAAUCGUCAGUUCCCUCAUCAGUCUCCUCGUCCGAAUAUGGCACCGACGACGGCCUACACUCUUCCCGGAAUUCAGUAGUUGACUUCAAUCACAGAGGGAUUCCCCAGGAUGACCGACGCAGUUUUGCCGACGCUCUCGACGCCGGACAAGGGAUGCUUGCCAUGAGCCAGGAGACACCCAGGGCCAUCUACCCGCCAGCCAAUGCUCGGGGCCGGACCUCGACCGACUCGUAUGGAUUCCCAUCAACACACUCGACAAGUUCAUCGAUAUCUUCAGCGAGCAACUAUGGGAGUGGGAGCUACUAUGGAGGCUCGAUCGACUCGUCUGUAAGCGACUACUCAACUGCUGGCUCCGAUAUUGAGUCCGUCACGUCGCGGACGCUGCCCCGGCCGAACUUGAUGACCCAGCCUCCCCCGGCACCGCAGUCCAUGAUGGGUCAAUUCAGCUCCAAGGUGUCAUCGAGUACACAGAAGAAGCACAAGUGCAAGGUCUGCGAUAAGCGAUUCACGCGCCCCAGCUCUCUGCAGACGCAUAUGUACAGUCAUACUGGCGAGAAGCCAUUCUGCUGCGAAGUGGAGGGCUGCGGAAGACAUUUCUCCGUUGUAUCAAAUCUACGCAGGCACCGCAAGGUGCACAAGAACGACGCCAAGUCUGACGCCGGCUCUGAGGAUCACCAUGAUGACAACUCAGAUUAA